AUGAAUGAAAUGAAAGGCCCGUUAAAUAGUCCUCUAGGUAGUUCUCCAAUAAGGUCUUUAUUUGUAUUUACUGAAAAAUCUGGUUUAAGUCCUGUUUUAACUCUCGAUUUUCGCGUUUGCAGGUAUACCACCAAUAUCUUGGUAUUUUGUUUCAUUCUAGAAGAAGUUCCUGCUAUAGAGAACCAUUUUGUGGUCGAUAUUACCGAUAAAAUCAAAAAUAUUUUGCAUCUUCAAAAUGCUAUUAAGAAGGUGAAGAAACCUCAAUUGAACGAUUUCGUUCUGAAUGAUCUUAAAUUGUGGAAAGUUUAUAUUCCUAUUAAUAAAAAUGAAGCUAAGCUGAGUAUUCUUGAUAAAUAA